CUGUGGGGGAACGAUUAUCCGAUUUGAUCGGUGACAACCGAGAGGUCCCGUUAGUUGUAAACGCAGAGUGGAUAGGUUGACGUUUGUUUGCUAUUUACAGUGUUAGAAUUGUGCAUUAUUCUACUUUCAUUAUCAGCGUGACAUCUGUGUCGAGGGAUAGGCUACAGUAUGUUUAUUUUAUUUGGGUGAACCGAGCAGACAGCAAGUUCCAAGAAUUGGAUCGCCGAGGAGCUGAACCUGCCGCCUGCGAGCCUAUGAUCCGGUAUAUUUAUCAGUCUAUGAAACCCAACUGUAUGACAUUCAAGCAUGUCAGGAAAACAUUUUAAAGGCCAUGAAGUCAGUUGCUGCAUCAAAUAUUUUAUUUUUGGAUUUAACAUAAUAUUUUGGUUGCUGGGUGUGGCCUUCCUUGGAAUCGGACUAUGGGCAUGGAAUGAGAAGGGUGUUCUCUCCAACAUCUCGUCCAUCACAGACCUGGGGGGAUUUGACCCUGUCUGGCUCUUCCUGGUGACGGGAGGGGUCAUGUUUAUCCUGGGCUUCGCCGGCUGCAUCGGAGCGCUGAGGGAAAACACCUUACUGCUCAAGUUUUUCUCUGUAUUCCUGGGGAUCAUCUUCUUCCUGGAGCUGACGGCUGGAGUGUUGGCCUUUGUCUUUAAGGACUGGAUCAAGGACCAGCUCAACUUCUUCAUCAACAAUAACAUCCGGGCGUACCGUGACGACAUCGACCUCCAGAACCUCAUAGACUUCACACAGGAAUAUUGGGAGUGUUGCGGCGCAUUCGGAGCGGACGACUGGAACCUCAACAUUUACUUCAACUGCACGGACACCAACCCCAGUCGGGAGAAAUGUGGCGUCCCCUUCUCCUGCUGCACCAAGGAUCCUGCGGAGGAUGUGAUAAACACGCAGUGUGGCUAUGACGUACGAGCCAAAACGGACGCAGAGCAGAAGACCUACAUCCAUGUGAAAGGCUGUGUGCCACAGUUUGAGAAGUGGCUACAGGACAACCUGACAGUGGUGGCUGGGAUCUUCAUAGGAGUUGCACUGUUACAGAUAUUUGGAAUAUGUCUGGCACAAAACUUAGUGAGUGACAUUGAAGCUGUGAGAGCAAGCUGGGUGCCCCCGCCCUCUCUCUCCAUGCGCCGACCCCCGCAUCACUCUGGAAAGAAAGGGUCUGCAUACUACGCGUGAGGAACAUGCUCGCGAGCGUGUGUAUGUACCUUUAGCCGUUUGUUUACCUGAUGUCACGGUUUACCUGUCUUCACCCAGGAAUGCACAGGUCUCUUCAGCAUGGCAAAGCCAUUCUCGGCGCAUCAAACAAUGCUCAAAGCCUGCUACCACUGGGAAAGAUUCCUGAGAGCACCUGCACCAUGGUGACCUGCACAUUAUGAUCCUUUUUAAAGAUGGGUUUAGGGUUGCACAUUUCCAGUAACUUUCCAAAAAUGUCCAGGUUUUCCAGAAAUCCCAGUUGGCAGUUUUCUGGAAAACCUGGGAAUUUUGGGAAAAUUACCCUGUAUUGCAUCUCCAUUGUUCCAUGGGAUUCCAUCCAUGUGACAAACACUUUGUGUAGAAAUGUUUGUAAAUGCACUGCAUGCCUGUCCCACAUAGGGUGGCCACAUUUAAAAUACCCAAACGCGAGACUACAGGAAGACAUUGCGGGACAGUGUAGCCUACAUGAAUAAAAACAUUUGGCAGCCCCCCCCCACUGGAAUUUAGACUGAACUGAAAGGAUUUUAACAAAUGUGAUUGGUUGAUGAUAUCACAUUGCCUACGUCUCGUCUGGCGCUGCGCAAAAUAUCAGAUCUCAACAACGAUUGGAGAAGUGUUUAACAUCUCCAGUAUUCUUAGCCUACCACAUCCUAAUGAUAUAUCUUUUUUUCAUAAGCGCAUAUUAGUGGUGCUUGAAUGUGUUGAUAAAAUGCAGGACAUGAUUGUUUCGUUGCAGGACGCGGUACAAAGGGGGAAAAAUGUGGGACUGUCACACGAUCCGGGACAUGUGGUCGACAUACUGGUCACGGUAGCAUGGAUUCUGGGUUUUUUUUCAUUAGAAUGUGCAAAAGUUCUCUUAUUGACACAAGUAUUUUUAACAGUAAAAUAGUAGCUGUAUUUCUGGUGACACUGUGAGCUUAGGAAAGAGAGUAAUGGUGCUAGAGGGAAAAUGUACAGUAGUAGUCACAGCCUUUUAAGUCACGUCUCCUUUGAACUGCUGAAGCGUUGUCGGUUCAAGCGUUUUUGUUGCACAAAUGAACAUUCGUUAUAUCCCAUGCCAUAUCUACCACCUGGUGAAACACAUACAGGUAUUUCAGAUACUUUCAAAUACUUGAGGUGUGCUUGAUUUAGCAUGUUUGCACUUUUGGGACUAGUCUCUUGGUUCCAUUUUAACAGGCAAACUAAAUCAAGCACACUUAAAGGUCCAAUGCAGCCGUUUUUAUCUCCAUAUCACAUACUUUUUGGAUUACAAUUAAGUACCUUACUGUGAUUGUUUUCAAUUCAAAUGGUUGAAAAUAAACAAAAAUAUCUUCUUGGCCUCCCGAGUGGCGCUGUGGUCUAAGGAUCUCCUACGACCAGGAGACCCAUGGGGCAGCGCACAAUUGGUCCAGCAUCGCGU